UUAAGUUAUCUCUUCAUUUAGUUCUAGGGUUUCGCCUUUUAAGUUAUCUGCCAUCAGCCACCAAAGCCACCCCCACCUCCGUCCCCUCCGAGUAAUAAUAAUGACUGACAUUGGAGAAACUUCUAUUUCUUCUUCUUCUUCAACGACAACUGAUGAAAAACCCUUGAUUGUUAGGGUCAAGAGAAAGUCUUCUCAAUCCCGGUGUCAAUUUCUAGGGUUAAAAAUCAAUGAAAGACCACUAAAGCGACCAUUAGUGGACUUUGAGAAAUUAUCAAUUUCUGAUUCAUCUCAAACAGAAAUCUUGAAAUGCAAAAAGGUAUUGGUACAACAUGUAGAAACAGUUAGUAGCACGAAAGCUGCAAUCGGUGUUUUGCAAUCAAUCGUGGUGAGUAUCAUGAUUUUCUUAGUUCUAAUUCUAAAGCAAAUAGACUGUGGCAACUAUGUGACCCAUUUGAUAUAUACUUAUGACAUUUUGCCAUUUUCAUGGGAGAAACUUCUGAAAAAUGAUCUGGUUUUGGAGAUAUCUAAGGAAUUGAAUCUUUUUGAGCAGCCUAACUCUGACUAUGCCACCGAUUUCAAAACUAAAGUCGAAGAACGAAGACAGACCUUCAAACAAGAGAAUAAGCAAGUUCAGCGGCUUUCUAGAGCCAGAGAAAAUCAUGAGGACAUGGCAAAAAAUGCUCGAUUUGAACAAAUAUGGAAGAGGAGAAAGGGAAAAGUUCAGGGUGGCAGCAUACAUGAACUGUGUCAUAUUUAUGAUGUUGUUCGUGUUGAUGUUGAGGAGGAAACACCAAAGAAGGAAGAACAGCCAGAAGAUUCCUCUUUGGAGGACAACAAAAUUUUGUGCAACUUUCUGCCUCUUAUGAGGGAGUUUCUUCCGGAUGUUGCUGCAGAGAUUCAAUCUGAUAUGCAGUCAUACAUCAACAGUGAAGCAAUGGAUGAUUAUGUAUAUGAUUUGAACACUGUGAAGGACGAGAGGAACGCAACUGAAGAAGAAGACACUCUAAACACAUAUCCUCUAGUUCAAGUAGGUGAAGAUGAUGAUUACUGCGAUGGACCCAAGGAAUCUGAGUGGGAUACCAGCGUAAAAUGCUCGUCUGCUAACAGUUCACCAGACAACAACCAAUGUUACAGAACGACGUAGACUGUAUCUAGAGCCAAUGCAGUCUUGCUUGACCUUGUUAUGCGAUUGAAUAAAUGUUAAACAUAAUAGUCUGAUGAUGUUUAAAAUAGUAACAAUGAAAACUGAGAGCAUGCAUCUAACUAAAGCAUAUUGUAAACAAGUAGCAAAAAAACUGUGAAGA